CACCACAACAAUAAACUUGCCUAUUUAGCUUCCCGUAGAUCUGCAUCUGGUAACCUAACUCCUCCCCUCUCUUGGCGCCCAUUCUGCUCCUCCAUUCAGCUCUCAUUUCCAACUACCAAUGGCGAGCGAAGGCAUUCUCCUGGGGAUGGGUAACCCACUCCUCGACAUCUCUUCCGUCGUCGACGACGAGUUCUUGCAAAAGUAUGAUCUGAAGUUGAACAAUGCAAUCCUUGCAGAGGAAAAGCACUUACCAAUGUAUGAUGAAAUGGCUAAAAAGUACAACAAUGUGGAGUACAUUGCUGGAGGUGCUACUCAAAAUUCAAUCAGAGUUGCCCAGUGGAUGCUUCAAAUUCCUGGUGCAACAAGUUAUAUGGGUUGCAUUGGGAAGGACAAGUUUGGGGAUGAGAUGAAGAAGAACUCAAAACUUGCUGGUGUUAAUGUUCACUAUUAUGAGGAUGAAUCUGCACCAACAGGAACUUGUGCUGUUUGUGUUGUGGGUGGUGAAAGGUCGCUUGUUGCUAACUUGUCUGCUGCAAAUUGCUACAAAUCAGAACAUUUAAAGAGGCCGGAGAACUGGGCAUUGGUUGAGAAGGCUAAGUACUUCUAUAUUGCUGGGUUUUUCCUCACUGUAUCCCCAGACUCCAUACAGCUUGUUGCUGAACAUGCAGCUGCAAAUGACAAGAUCUUCAUGAUGAACCUUUCUGCUCCAUUUAUCUGUGAGUUCUUCAAGGAUGCACAGGAUAAAGUUUUGCCGUAUAUGGACUUUGUUUUUGGAAAUGAGACAGAAGCAAGAACCUUCUCAAAAGUUCAUGGUUGGGAGACUGAUAAUGUAGAGGAGAUAGCACUAAAAAUCUCCCGGUUGCCCAAAGCGUCAGGAACACACAAGAGGAUAACUGUUAUUACUCAGGGUGCUGAUCCUGUAGUUGUUGCUGAGGACGGGAAAGUGAAGAAGUUCCCUGUGAUACGAUUACCUAAAGAAAAACUUGUUGAUACAAAUGGAGCAGGGGAUGCAUUUGUUGGAGGAUUUUUAUCACAGUUGGUUCAAGAGAAAUCCAUUGAAGACUCUGUGAGAGCUGGCUGUUAUGCAGCUAAUGUUAUCAUUCAGAGGUCUGGCUGCACGUUCCCAGAGAAGCCUGAUUAUAAUUAAGCCAUUCAUUAUUUCCCCUGCGGUCCAUGGCAUUAUUUUAGAUUUUGGGUGUUGAGAAUCAUAUUAUUGUUUGAUAUUUGAAUUUUGAGGAUUAUUAAAAAUAACAUCAAUGCAUAAAUGGCCUCAAGGACCCAGCUAUCCAGUACGGAAAUUU